AUGGCCUCUUUCUGGAAUAAAAUACCUUUCCGUCCAUCGACCAACAAUGGGCGAACACACCGGAUAGAGGCUCUCCAGGCAUCGUUUUUGGGCUGGAUUGUCCCAACCCUAUUCCCGAGUAUUUCCCAGACGAAGCGAUAUGAGAAACUCUGCGAUGGAAAAGAAGAACAAAGAGACCUUACAGAAGCUGGAUGUUGCAAGGAACAACAACGGCCAGAUAUUGAAUUAGUGAAUGCAAAUUCUCUACCCUCGAUACCUGGCUCGGAAUCUGAAUCCAGGAACGGGAUUCACGCGUUGUUGGGCGGCUACCAAACCUCCUUGGACUGCAGCAAAGGGCGCUAUACCUCUCUUCAAAUAGCCAACGACCUCAAACCUGAGAGUCCGAUGACGCUUAUUCACCCCGACGAAACGGUGCGUGUUGCACGAUCUUUCGUCACAAAAUUCCAGGGCCACACAGCUUACGCUGUCAAAGCCAAUGAUAGCCCUGAUUUGCUCUCAAUUCUCUCGACCAGCGGUGUUACCUGGUUCGACGUGGCCUCUAUAAAAGAAGUACGAUUGGUGUUACGGAACUUGCCUGAAGCUACACUGUGUUUCAUGAAUCCUGUCAAAAGUGAAAAGGCCAUCAAGGAGGCAUACUUCGCCCACGGCGUUCGCUCGUUCAGCCUGGACUCCCAUGAUGAGCUGGAAAAAAUUCUACGGUCUACGGCGACAGCGGUUGGCCGUGCAACAGACUUGAACUUAUUUGUUCGACUACGUGUGUUGUCACGAAACGCCAAGUUGAGCCUUGAAUCGAAGUUCGGUGUCUCGGGCCAGGAGGCCCGGCUGUUACUCCAGGCCGUGCAAGUGUCGAAUAAUCAAGUUGGCGUCUGCUUUCAUGUCGGUAGCCAGGUCAUGGGUCGAGGAGAUUUUGCAGCAGGGCUACAACAGGCAUAUUCUAUCACGUUGGAGGCUGAGGUCCACGUCCGUUUCAUCAGUGUAGGCGGUGGGUUCGCGGUCAAGUAUCCCGACAUGGAACCACCUUCUACCUCACAACACCUAGACGAAAUCCACAACGCAUUUCAGAGUCUACCAUUUCCACCUAGCACCAUCCUGAUAGCCGAACCAGGCAGAUGUCUUUCUGCGUGGCAUCAUUCAAUGCUACUACGCGUCGAGAAACGCCGCGGAUCUGCCCUAUAUGUCAACGACGGUGUCUACGGUACAUUCUCCGACGCUGGUCGCCUUAAUUGGCCCUACUUUACCCGACUGCUCCGCGAGUCACCGUCUACGGGGAAGAGCAAGCCCUUCACGCUGUAUGGACCGACAUGUGAUACGCUAGACAAAUUUGGACCGUGGAAUUUACCCAGAGACGUGAAAGCCGGUGAUUAUCUGGAGGUAUUUGGAUUAGGAGCUUACGGAAGUGUCAUGAGAACGCGGUUCAAUGGCUGCGAUGCGUAUGAAAGCAUGGUGGUACAGGAUGAACCGAUUGAUUUGGUGAUCGAGAGGUAUUAUCAAAGUCGCUGA